UGGCUUUCGUAUUACACUCUGCAGCGUUCACGUUGAACAAAAAUAAGAAAUGCAACUGAUGUCUAGGAACCUAGAUCUUGUGGCUGUCUUAGUUGUGUGGCUUGACUCCGCCACUAAGUGGAGCUGAGUUGCUGACAUAAGAAAUCUUCUCUGUGACACCUGAUUGGAUGAACAACCCUUUAACACUUAGAUUUGCGACGAGACUGAAGAUGAUCAAAGCUGUUUCAAGCUUUCAAAGGUUCCAAUUCGUUACCUACUCUCGUCUUUCAGAUUCAGAUCUUCUCCAGGAUAAUCAAUCAUUUAGACGCAAAAGGAGAGCAUAUGAGAAUCGUUUUCAAACACGUCAGACGUUCACGCGCCGUCAAUUGCUUUCAUCAUGACUGACUGGGCCAAGCUCAAAGUCGUCGACCUCAAGGCCGAGCUCAAAAGUCGCGGUCUACCACAGCACGGUCUCAAAACAGAGCUUGUCGCGCGACUAGAUGAAUCUGAUCAAGAAACUGAGAAUACUGAGGCCCAAGAACAGCUUGACGAUGCGCCUACAGACACCAAGUCGGGAAAUGAUGAGCCACCGGCUCAGCAACCAGUCCUUGCAGACAACGAGCCCCAGGAAGCGACCGAGCAGCACGGACCGGAAGAAGAAAAGCCAACAGCAGAAAUAUCGGAGCUAGAAGAGAAACAGUUGGAUGAUAACACUGCGCCCAAUGUCGAUGGGGAGACUAAUAAAGGGGUCCCUGAAACCGACAAGGAGGAAGUUGUCAAGAAUGGAGCAUCAGAGGAAGCGGCGCACGAUGGCGAUCUGGUCGCGGACGUGCCAAUUCCUGGGAAUGAAAUGGAUGUUCAAUCAAGGGAACCAACGGUGGAGGAGAAAUCAAGAGCGGGAACAGUGACGACCACUGUCGAAUCUACACCCUCUCACUCACUCGAACCAACCCCUGCUGCCGAACAGCAAAAGCGCAAACGCCGCUCUCUCACACCCCCACCAACCGAAGAAUCGAUUGCACGCAAACGCGCACGCACGGAUGAGAGUUCAGCAAACGGCGAUAGUCUAGGUGCACGACAGGAAGAUCUGCUACCUGAAACUCAAAACAAACCUGCUCCUAUGAACCUGGAUAGUGAGCCCCAAGCAGAGAAGCCUCAACAAGAACCUUCACAGGAAGCUGCCCCAGAGACCGAGGCACCCAGACAAGAAGAUUCUGGUGAAGACGGAGAUAAAACGCAGGAUAUGAACUACGAGCGAGACGUUGCACCGGCGGUGCACCCGGCCACUUCUGCACUUUACAUCAAGAACUUCAUGCGCCCUCUCCGACCUCAAGAUGUCAAGGCCCAUCUCGUCACGCUUGCGAGACGUUCUCAGGACGCAGCGGACGAUGACGACGGGAUCGUGACCGAAUUCUUUCUGGACCAGAUCCGUACUCAUGGUUUUGUUAUCUUCAAAAACACCGCUGCUGCUUCCCGCGUUCGCACUGCACUUCACGACAGUGUCUGGCCUAACGAGAGCAAUCGCAAAGCGCUCUGGGUCGACUUUGUCCCUCCUGAGAAAGUCCGGGACUGGAUUGAUACAGAACAAGCCAGCGGUGGUCCACGCGGCCGCUCUGGUGCUCGAUGGGAAAUCGUUUAUGAGGAUGGCCCUAACGGCGAUGUUGAAGCACAUCUCGAGGAAGCAUCAGCAUCAACAUCUCGCAUGAUGCCUCAACUGAGCGCAAGACCACCCCCAAGCUCGACGAUGGCGACUAAUUCUAUCCCUCUUGGACCCAGAGCACUCCGCGACCCUGCCAUUCCUACUGGACCACGCCCUGUUCGCCCCGGCACUGGACCUGGACCAAGACCUCCACCUAUCAACCCAGGCGGUGCAUUCAAGCGAACCAACACUCGCCCAGUUAUCGACUACCAACCUGUAUCAGAAGACCUUGCGCGCCGCCGCAUCGACAAUAUGCGCUCUUAUUACACAAACGAUCGCAACCGCGAUGUCGGCCGCGAGAUUAACCGCUACUCCUUUGAGAACGGUACUUCAUUCGUUGACCGGGGCAAGGAGGUCUUUGAAGGCAUCCGGCCUCCACACCGCGAGCGAGCCAUGGGCCGUGAGCGCCGUGGUGGGAGACGUCGUGGACGCGGCGGCGGCGGCGGCGGCGGUCGACCGCGUAGUGAUCGGUAUCUUCCUCCACCAAGAGACGACCACCGUCCUCGUCGUGGCUCCUUGUCUAACGACGGCGAUGUUCGAAUGAGGGACUGAGGGCUAGGUGCGCAUUAUGUGCUAUGCGGUGCGAAGAAAAGACAGUAAAUUCAAAUUAAUAACUUUGCAUUGUGUGCACAGUAUCAGGAGCUAUAUCACAUGGAGGGCGGCGUUGAGACAGUAAAAGGCAAGGAAAUAAACAAUAGGUGUUUAGACAUCAGUGAAUUGAGUAACUUUAAUUUUAAUCAUCGUUUUAAUUCUGAAGUCUGCUUUUAUCCAAGU